CGGGCCCUUGAAACGACAAAUAUGACUGGCCGUCAACUUCAUUACUACGCGUUUCACCCAUUUCACCGUCACAUGUCCUGAGUGGUAAGUCCGGCGGGUUCACACUGUCAGUAUGUCGACGACCGAAUGGUCCGCGGUGCUCGACAUCCUCCGGUCACUUUAUCGGCACAUACAGACACUGGAGGAGUUUGCGGACGGCAUCGUGUACAGAGAGGGACAGAGGGCGAUGCUGCUGGAACCGUCAGACACAAAUCGCUUCAAGUCAUUCGUCCGGGGUGUUUACGUCUGCGUUGACAAGGAGCUACAGCAAGUGCCAAGCCGCAGCCAGAUCUGCACUCUGCCUGAACUGCUGGCCUUUGUCCUUAACAGUUUGAAAAGAAAAAGAAAAAGAAACGUCCUGGCACACGGGUACAACUUUCUGUCCUUGGCUCAGGAGGAGCGGGAUGCAGACCAUUUCAAAUUCCAAGGAGAUAUAACUCAAAGUGCUGCUUACAUCCAUGGCAGCGACUUGUGGAAGAAAGUCACAGUACGUCUCGGCACGGAUAUCACGCGGUACUUGUUGGAGAGCUGCUCUGUGUUCGUGGCGGUCCCUCCUUCAUGUGUUUUCCAGGUGAGCGGCAUUCCUGUGUAUGACAGGGUGUCCAUGGCGACUCCCUCUGCUGGAUUUUAUCUCCAGCCUCGUUGCAGGAAGUUUGGAAGGUGUCAAGGGUCAGUGACCCUGAAACGGAGACACAGAGUUGAGAAUCCUACAGGCUGCAAGCGGAGCAACAUAAAGAUUGUGAGAGUGAGUAGGUGGAAAAGAAAGAGAGAAACUGAUCAGAAGGAUGAGGUGGAGGUCAUGAUGAGUUCAGGAAAGAGAAGACGCGUAGGACAGCAAGAACCCAACCAAGGGAGCUCUUUCUCUGUCAUAGAGGAGGAAGGGCAGCCCACGUCUGUGGAACAAACACUAUCCAUGAAGCCUUUGGAAAAUGGCAGUGCCACUUCUAAACAGCCUGCUGAAAUGCAAGCAUCAAUAAUUCCCUUGGAGGGAGGACCCAGUUGGAGAUCAGGGGUUUUCCCCCCUUUACCGCCUUCGCAAUGCUUCAUCCGCACGCUGGGAGUCCUGUACGGGGGAAGGGGAAUGCGAAGCUUUCUUCUCAACAGGAAAAAGAAGAGCGCUGUUGGAUCCAGAAGGCUACAAGGGCAAGAUUUAGUAAGAAUAGUCUUCUUUGAGGGACUGGCUUAUCUAAAUGGGCAAGAGAGAAAGCCAAAGAAACUCCCCCAGCGCUUUUUCAACAUGGUCCCUCUGUUCAGUCAGCUGUUGCGCCAACACAGAAGAUGUCCGUACUGCAGAAUUCUACAGAGGAUCUGUCCACUGGUGGAGGAGAGAGAUGCAGAACAAGGAGAACUGAUAUCCCACUUGCGUCAACACUGUGGACCUCACCGGGUCUACCUGUUUGUCAGGGAGUGCCUCUCGGCUGUGAUCCCACCUGAGCUGUGGGGCUCCGACCACAACCGCCUUACUUUCCUUGCAAGGGUCAGGGGCUUCCUGCGCAGCAGCAAGUUUGAGAGGCUCUCCCUGGCUGAACUCAUGUGGAAGAUGAAGGUGAAUGACUGUAGUUGGCUGAAGAUCAGUAAGACGGGCAGGUUCCCGCCUAGUGAGCUGUCAUAUCGGACACAGAUCCUGGGUCAGUUCCUGGCUUGGGUUCUGGAUGGCUAUGUUGUUAGCCUCGUCCGAGCCUGCUUCUAUGUCACUGAGAGCGUGGGCCAGAAGAAUGACCUCAGGUUCUACAGACAGGAAGUCUGGGCCAAACUGCAGGAGCUAGCCUUCAGAGGUCACCUUUCCAAGGGUCAGAUGGAGGAGUUGACUCCGGCACAGGUGGCAUCCCUCCCCAAAGCCACGGUCAUCUCCCGCAUUCGCUUCAUUCCAAAGACUGAUGGCAUGAGGCCUAUCACACGAGUCAUAGGAGCAGAUGCCAAAACAAGGAUUUACAGAGGGCGUGUGCGGGAUUUGCUGGACAUGCUGCGGGCCUGUGUGCGCUGCACUCCAUCUCUCCUGGGCUCCACAGUGUGGGGGAUGACGGAUAUCCACAAGGUUUUGCGCUCUUUGGCCGUGGCGCAGAAGGACAAACCACAACCUCUCUACUUCGUUAAGGUGGAUGUGAGUGGAGCCUACGAGAGUCUGCCUCAUGACAAACUCAUUGAGGUGGUUCGCCAGGCCCUGUCACCUGUCCAGGAUGAACUCUUUACCAUCCGCCGCUACGCCAAAAUCUGGGCUGAUUCUCACGAAGGCCUGAAAAAGGCCUUUGUUAGACAGGCAGAUUUCUUGGAGGACAACAUAGGAUCCACCAACAUGAAAGGGUUCGUGAUGUCACUGCAGAAAAGAGGAAAAGUUCAUCACGCCAUACUGGUAGAGCAGCAUUUCUGCUCAGAUCUUCACGGCAGAGAAGCGUCACAGUUAUUCUCCCAAAUGCUAACUGGCAGUGUUGUUCAGUUUGGGAAGAAAAAAUACCGUCAGUGCAGAGGAAUUCCUCAGGGAUCGGUUGUGUCCAGUCUGCUCUGCUGUCUGUGCUACGGUCACAUGGAGAAUGUCCUGUUCAAAGAUAUUACAGGAAACAAAGGGUGUCUGAUGAGGCUGGUGGAUGACUUCCUUCUGAUCACCCCACACUUACAUGAAGCACAAACGUUCCUUGAGAUUUUGCUGGCUGGUGUACCAGAGUAUGGUCUCGUGGUCAACCCUCAGAAGGUGGUGCUCAACUUUCAGGUGUCAGGAAGCGCGGACUCCUGUCCAGACAUCCGCGUGCUGCCCCCUCACUGCCUCUUCCCCUGGUGUGGACUGCUGCUGGACACACACUCGCUUGACGUCUACAAAGACUAUUCCAGCUAUGCAGGCCUGUCUCUGCGCUACAGCCUCACUUUGGGCUCCUUCCACUCAGCGGGAAAGCAGAUGAAGAGGAAACUGAUGGCCAUCCUCAGACUCAAAUGCCACGCCCUGUUCUUGGACCUGAAGACCAACUCUCUGGAGGCGGUCUACAAGAACAUCUACAAGCUGGUGCUGCUUCACGCUUGCAGGUUCCAUGUGUGUGCCCGGAGUUUGCCCUUUGGCCAGAUGGUUGCUAAGAACCCGGUCUACUUCCUGCAGAUGAUAUGGGACAUGGCCCAGUACGCCAAUCAUCUCAUCAGGCACAGCAACAAAGGCAACAUUCCCCGCCUCAUAUUGUUGCAUCUGGAUAAAGUAGUACGAACAGUUCAAAACUUAUUUUCACAUCUUUCUUCCCCUCUUCUGUUUUCUCCAGGAUUGAUUUUAGGCAGUGAGGCUCAGACAGGCAUUGUGCAGUAUGAAGCGGUGGAGCUUAUUUUCUGUCUGUCCUUCGUGCUGGUGCUGUCACAACACCGCCCUCUGUACAAGGACCUGCUGCCACACCUGCACAAACGGAAGCGCAGUCUUGAGCGGUGUCUGGGGGAUCUGAGGUUGGCCAGGGUCAGACAGGCCACCAACCCCAGGACCCCAGUUGAUUUUUUGGCCAUCCAGAUGUAGACUACUAGCCCCAGUUACACAGCUUCCAACAACCA